AUGAACGUAAUUCGUGCGAUACAGAUGUACAUUGACAAAAUGAUCUCGGAUGCCGGACCAGGCAUGAAAAUACUCAUGAUGGACCGGGAGACGAUAAGUAUCGUGUCAAUGGCCUUUGCCCAGUCGGAGAUGUUGCAAAAGGAAGUGUUCCUGUUCGAACGACUCGAUUCGAUGCGUUCCAAUGAAAAGCUGAAGUAUCUGAAAUGCAUCGUAUUUGUACGCCCCACGAAGGAUAACAUCUUCUUGCUGCAGCAGGAACUUCAAAGUCCAAAGUUUGGCUCCUAUUACAUAUAUUUCAGCAACAUUAUCCCACGGACGGACAUAAAAACUCUUGCCGAAAGUGACGAAGGAGAAUCCGUGCAAGAUUUUAAGGAGAUUUACGCCGAUUAUCUGCCGGCCAAUCCGAACCUCUUCUCGCUGCACAUCCCAACAUGUCUGCAGGCGCUAAACUGGAACCCAGAAGCACUAGAGCGCUCCACGCAGGGUUUGGUCAGCGUCCUACUAUCGUUCAAGUUUCGUCCGGCUAUUCGCUAUCGGUCCGGCUCAACCGCAGCCCAAACGCUCGCUAAAAAGGUGCACGAAACGAUCAAUAAGGAGACGGCACUCUUUAGCUUUCGGCCACCGGAAGACGGUGCUGCACCACCGCUCCUGCUCAUACUGGAUCGACGAGAUGACCCGAUCACGCCUCUACUUAACCAGUGGACGUAUCAGGCAAUGGUCCACGAGUUACUCACAAUCAAUAAGCAGCGAGUGGACCUGUCGAGAGUUGCAGGUGUACCGAAGGACCUGAAGGAGGUGGUCCUCUCGACGGAGCAGGAUGAAUUCUACGCUAACAACUUGUAUGCAAAUUUUGGCGAGAUUGCCACCACGAUCAAAGUGCUGAUGGACGAGUUCCAGAAGAAGGCUAACGAUCAGCGCAAGAUCGAAAGCAUUGCCGAUAUGAAGAACUUUGUCGAAACGUACCCUCAGUUCCGGAAGAUGUCCGGCACGGUUACGAAGCACCUCGUGCUAAUCAGCGAACUAUCGGUACAGGUCGGCCAGCAGCAGCUGUUCGAGGUUUCCGAACUGGAGCAGGAAAUAGCCUGCCGGGCUGAUCAUUCGACCCAGCUGCAACGGGUAAAGCGGCUCGUAUCGGAAGGCAAGAUCAGUACCGCCAACGCACUGCGUCUCGUGUUACUGUACGCGAUGCGUUACGAACGGCACGCAAACUGUGACACGUCCGGUUUGCUCAAGUUACUGCAGGAUCGUGGCGGCCGGCCACACAUUGCGCCCCGGAUGCUCGAAUACAUUAGUACCGUGGCACGGCAGGAGCUGUUCAACACGGUCAAGAUAACCGAUGCAGUGAAGCUGACACGUAAUCUAAUUAAGGAGCUGAAGGGUGUCGAAAACGUGUACGCCCAGCACGAGUGUGUGCUGAAGGGAACGCUCGAGGAGAUCAUCAAGGGACGUCCGCUCGAUGCGCAGUAUCCAAUAAUGGGCAACGAGGUACCGUUCCGGAGACCACCUGCGGAAGUGAUCGUAUUCAUCGUCGGUGGUGCAACGUACGAGGAAGCACUCGCAGUUCACCGAUACAAUCAGGAAGGCUACCGGAUCGUGCUCGGUGGCACAACGAUCCAUAACUCGGAAUCGUUCAUCGAGGAAGUGCUUGCCGCUACGGUUGGAGUGCCAUUUAAACAUUCGCGCUCGCUGCAACAAUUCCACCAUGCACCGGCUGGGACGGCUUAG